AUGCGCUGGCUGCACAACCAAGUAGAAAUUGCAAAGAACGAAGAGAAAAUCACCCAAGGUCACUCGUUUAUCCUUGAAGCGAAACUCAAUAAUAUCACCGUCCAACAAUCAGGUGAGCUGAUCUGUGUGACUGAGCACAACGAGGGAAUCACAGCGUUCAAUCAAUCAAUCCAGAUUGAGGUUAAAGAAGUAUCGGCUCCGUUACUACUCGAAAAAGAAGAAGAGAAGAUUCGGGUCAGAGCCGGCGAAGACCAUCGACUUGAAUGCAAAUUGAGCGGAAGCCCGACUCCAAGCGUCACUUGGUGGAAAGAUGGGAAACAAUUAACUGAGGGUGUUUUGCCUGAUAACUCUCUUGUGAUAAAGAAAAUGAAUACACAAGAUAGUGGAUUGUAUAAAUGUAUUGGAAAGAAUCGAGCUGGGGAGGCAAGUCGAGUCAUCUCCCUUGAGGUAAAAAGUGAGGGCACUGAAUGGAUUCUUCUUCUCUUUGCCGUUAUCGGAUUCUUUCUUGUGAUUUCCGUAUUCAUAUUCUUCGUUCUUUGGAUCAAACAAAGGAAACGAGCGGCCUAUCGAGAGAAUGCUUUGCACGUUUUAUAUGAUGAGCUGAUAAAAGGUGGCGGUGGUGGCGGUGAAGCGAUCACUCAAGAGAUGGAGGAAAUGCUAAUCCCACUUGAUCAGCGUGUUUACCAAAUUGCCUAUAAUCCCAAGCUCGAGUUGAGAGAUGAAAAUCUGGAGAUCACUGGAGCGAUGUAUUUAGGAACCAAUGGAAUGGAAUAUUUGAGUGGAAUUCCAUGCAUCCAUCGAGAUCUAGCAGCGCGAAAUGUUCUACUCACAGCGAAUAACAUCUGCCGAAUCGCUGAGUUUGAUGGCGCGAUAAAUCGGCAGCCUGAGUUUGCCCACGACGAUUUAUUUGAUUUAAUGCAACAGUGUUGGCAGUAUGCACCUGAAAAUCGGCCGCUUUUUACGGAGUGUGUUCAUCGACUGAAAGAUCAUCUCAAAAAAGCAUCACCCGAUUUCUGUGAAAAGAUGCAGGAAAAACUUUCGCUAGAAAUGAAACGACUAGCCUCAUAUGAUGAAUGGAGAGAAAGCAGUGUGAUUGAGCCAAUCGAUUUCAUCGAUACAUCCAAAAUCCCUUACACGUCACCACCACUUCCGCUCAAAAUAAGCAGAAAGGCCACGAUGUCU